AUGGCAAAUCAUAGACUUGGUAUUAGGGAUAGCAACUGGAUAGAGAAAGCGGGGACCGGAGCUAGUUGGCUGACGGUAGGUCUGUUGCACCACAGACGUGGUGCAUGUAGCAAAGGGGUGACCAUGACACUCAGAGGCCUGCGCCUCGAAUUAGUCUUCCAGACGCCAAGGAGAGCGAAUAACGCCUCGAUCUCUUCCAGCUUCGUCUCAAUUCCCAGAGACGCCUCGCAGAAUCUGUCAUCCUACAAUUCGAUUAAUCUCAUCCCCGUCUCUACAUCAAUCUGCGCAGAGCCUCCCAGUGCUGAAAACACUUCUCCAUUCUCCUCAUCCCAUGAAACUUCUGCGGAUCUACACCCCUUGGCAGACCCAAAUGAAGGCUCUUCGACUGGGGAUGGCCCUCUGACGACGGGUGACGAGGAAGAAGCCAGCAAACCCUUGCUUUUCAGAAGAAAUACCUUCACUUUGUCUCGGCCUGAUCUAAUCGUCUCUUCAAGCGGCGACUUUGAGACGGUAGAUGCUGAAUCAGUGAUACCGUCACACGAACAGCCGUCCAGAUUAGUCGAGCGUUUGCUUCGUCUGAAGUCAGCUGAACCGAUCGACACGAAAGAAGAGUGUUCUGAUCUCAUAUUUCGCCAAGUGAGUCUGUGCGCGACAAGAUGA